AUGUACGAAAAUGAGAUUAGAAAACUAAAAUUAACAAUUGAAGAUCUUCAAAAAUCCAACCACCUGUUGAUUGAAAAGGUCAGUGCUCUGGAGACAGAAAUACCAAGGAAAACCACUGAACUGCUCACAACCAAAGCUGGAUGUAGUACUACUAGCAUGGAAGAUCAGGAGCGCCAAGAUGAGAAAACAAUCCAAGAAAGUGAUGUUAAAGAACAUACAGUCCAUUGUCAGGAAGAAGGGGCCAAACUAAGACGACUACUUAUAGAUACAAGUGCAAAUCUACCAAUACCCAAAGGGACGGCAUUUUAUGCGUACAUGAACGCCUCUGAGUUACAUCCGGGUCAGCAUCAGACAAUCAUUUUUGAUGUUGACGUCACAAAUGCUAAUCGAGCUUACAACAAACACAGUGGCCUUUUCACGGCUUCAGAUGCCGGUAUGUUUGUUUUCUCAUGGACCAUAGCAUCUUUCAGUGCCAACUACGACAUCUACACAGAAAUGGUGGUUAACUCAAAUCCCAUAGGAAGCAUCAUUACAAGUGGAGAGCCUUGCUGCUAUUUCACCUCCACUGGAAUCAAUGUUGUGUACCUGAAUCAAGGGGACGUGGUAUACAUCAGAACUCAUCCGAAAUUUGGGAUCGGAAAUCGUAUUUUAAGCCUUCCAGGAGUACGAAGUACGUUUUCAGGAUGGCAAAUUGCCUAA